AGGUGGCGGCGGCGGCUCGGUCAGUACUCCCGGCCCCCGCCAUUUCGGACUGGGAGCGAGCGCGGCGCAGGGACUGAAGGCAGCGGCGGGGGCCAGAGGCUCGGCGGCUCCCAGGUGCGGGAGAGAGGCCUGCUGAAAAUGACUGAAUAUAAACUUGUGGUAGUUGGAGCUGGUGGCGUAGGCAAGAGUGCCUUGACGAUACAGCUAAUUCAGAAUCACUUUGUGGAUGAAUAUGAUCCUACGAUAGAGGAUUCCUACAGGAAACAAGUAGUAAUUGAUGGAGAAACCUGUCUCUUGGAUAUUCUCGACACAGCAGGUCAAGAGGAGUACAGUGCAAUGAGGGACCAGUACAUGAGGACUGGGGAGGGCUUUCUUUGUGUAUUUGCCAUAAAUAAUACUAAAUCAUUUGAAGAUAUUCACCAUUAUAGAGAACAAAUAAAAAGAGUUAAAGACUCUGAAGAUGUACCUAUGGUUCUAGUAGGAAAUAAAUGUGAUUUGCCUUCUAGAACAGUAGACACAAAACAGGCUCAGGACUUAGCAAGAAGUUACGGAAUUCCUUUUAUUGAAACAUCAGCAAAGACAAGACAGGGUGUUGACGAUGCCUUCUAUACAUUAGUUCGAGAAAUUCGAAAACAUAAAGAAAAGAUGAGCAAAGAUGGUAAAAAGAAGAAAAAGAAGUCAAAGACAAAGUGUAUAAUUAUGUAAAUACAAUUUGUACUUUUUUCUUAAGGCAUACUUAAGUAAAAGUGGUAAUUUUUGUAUAUUACACUAAAUUAUUAGCAUUUGUUUUAGCAUUAUCUAAUUUUCUUUCUGCUCCAUCCAUACUGUUAGCUUUUAUCUUGAAUGCUUAUUUUAAAAUGACAGUGGAAACUUUUUUCCUCUAAGUGCCAGUAUUCCCUGCGUUUUGGUUUUUGAACUAGCAAUGCCUGUGAAAAAGAAACUGAACACCCAAGAUUUCUGACUUGGGGUUUUUGGUGCAUGCAGUUGAUUACUUCCUAUUUUUCUUAUCAAUUGUGAACUUUAGUGUGAAACAAAUUAAUGAGGCUUUCAAAUCAUCCCUAUUGUAUUGUUUUAUCUAGUCACAUACAUGGAUUAAUUACUAAUUAUAACUUCAUUUGAGAUUUCACGAUCGGUUUUACUGAAACAUCGAGGGAACAUGAAUUUAUGGGCUUCCUGUAGUUUCACCUUGUAGGUAUCAUUGUCCUAUAGUUCCAGCUACCCUUAAUGAAUGUAAAGUUACACUGUUCACAAAGGUUUUCUUAUUUCCACUGCUGUUUGUCAAUGGUCACGUUCCCCAAAAUACUAUAUUUUUUCUAUAAAAAGGGAAAAAAAUGGAAAAAAAUACAAGGCAAUGGAUAAUAUUAAAAGGCCACUUACUUUCCACAUUAGGUAAAUUCCUAUCAUGCUCUGAAUAGCUUUUUGUUAAGGCAGACCCAGUAGGUAAUGAGGAUUAGAACAAGCAUUUUGGGACUAUAUUUACAUGCUUUAAAUUUUUGUAAUAAUUGAAAAAAUUUUAACAUGUAUAAAGAAUUCUCAUAGGAAUUAAAUAUAGUCUCCCUGUGUCAGAUUGCUCUUUCUUAGCAUAAAUCUUUUUCUUGAACUUCAAUCUUUGAAAGUAGUUUUAAUUCUACUGGUAGUGAUGUAAAAGAUUAAUUGGGCCAGUUAGCUUGGUAGGUGUUACAGAGAGCAGGGUGGCAAAGCCAGGCCUUGUGUGAACCUUUAAGCUACAUGGAGAGUUUCACAGUGUGGACUGCAUCCCUGUGGUCUUCCAUUGUUGUCAUGCCUUGGUUGGUCAAAAACAGGGACUUGCAGAGAGACUGAAUAGCUCAGCAAGGUACAUUCUCAUUAUGUCAUAGUCCUACUCAGGAACAUCACUUUUUUACAACAAAAAAUCCAAAAAAACAGAACUUAAAAAAAAACAUUGUUUUAAAUGAGAUUUUAGGUGGGGUGGCAAGAUUUUAAUUUUUUUUAAAUGAUGAAAUGAAAAAAUUUCAAAAUCUUGAGUAUUGGCUGGUUCUCUUAAUGCUGGCUAAAGUAACAUUUUGUAAACACUUCAGUACAGUCUGGUCCAUUAUUAAGAAUAUCUAAUGCUUAUACAAUAGAUAAAGUAAUGCUAACAAAAUGAUUCUUUGAAUGCAUUUAAAAUGUUAACUUAUUUUAAAAUAUUUGAACUGAGAUAGUGUGUUGAGGUGAAAGUAUCACUGGACAAGGAGGAAGGUGACUUAGAUUCUAAGUUAUAUGUCUUUGAUUUUGGACAAAUCACUUACUAGCCAUUUCUUCAUUUCUAAAGAAGUCAUCUCAAAGGCUGUAUCUAGCUUUAUAACUAUGAUUUACAUUCAGUUUACAUAAGGAUAUACCUAUUUGUCAGUCUCAGCACCAUCUGUAACUUUUUACCUGUGUUAUCAUCUUCAGUGCCAGUCUUAGGCAAAAUUGUGCAAGAGGUGAAGUUUAUUUUUAAAUAUCGUUCUCUGCUUCCAGGACUUCUCCCAUAUUAGUGUUGUCUUGCCUGCCUACCUUACCCUUCUCUAUGUCCCAUGACUUGAUGUUUUUUCUUUUAAUAUUUCUCAUUUCUCUGAUCUCAAGAUUUAUUGCUGCUUUGGAUAUCUCCAUGAUGGCCUCCCAUCAAAUCAUAUCAAAAUGUCCUAUAUCAUAAAAUUCCUCAGGCUCAACAUAAUCUGACAGAUACUAUAAUGGGAUUUGACCUAAUAGCUAAUUUUCAGGUUGUGGCUGUAACAAUUUAAUUUUGAUCCUCUGAACAUCAUCUCUUUGCUGCCUGGUCCAUCAGUGACAAAGUAGGAGUUUCACACCUGCUAUGAAUAGUUAGAACCCUAUCCCGUGGCAGGAGAAUUUAAUAAAAGUAGUGCUGAGAGAAUUCCUUAUGUAAUUUACUAGGACUAGCCCUGCUAAUAGUAAUACAUUCCGUUGUUUUAAAAACUAAAAUCUUACCAUGAAAGAUACUUUAAAAUUUAAUUCAUGUCUUACUCUUUAGCAGAAGUUGUUUAUUCAGCAAAUGUUUGAGUGCCUACUAGAUGCCAGGCACUCCCCAAGGCACUGGGGAUAUUAGAGUACCCAAACAUGGGACAUAAGGCCUGUCCUUAAGUAGUGUUUAUUUCUAGAGGGUCUGUAUCUCAGAGAGGCAUCUGUCAUGUGACCCAGAUACACCAUAACGCAUGCUGUAAUCCUGCAAAAAAAUGAUCUGGUCUCUAAGCAUAGUUUCUUCCAGUUCUAAAAUAACUGUUUUGCUCUUAUUCCAGCGUAGCUGUUUAGUCAAGCUCUUUUUUAAUUAAAUCAGUUUACUUCAAUGUUUUAGAGGAGUAAAUCUGAUUUUUUUUUUAAUUUGGCAUAAUUAUGUGAUUCUGUUGAGACAGUUAUAGUACAAAUUAAGUUGUAUGUCAGAUAAUGUUAAAAUCCCCCUGCGUGUGGUAUGGUCUUUUUGUAUAAGUAAUUAUAA